GAGAAAAGGGGUAUUUGCUGUCUUUGCCAAAGCCACUCCAUAUGCUACAGGGACUCACAGAGACAAAGAGAAAGCAGUGCUUUCGUUGAUUAGCUAACAAGUCCAUUCCCUCUGUGACAAUGCGGCUGAUUGCUCUCCUGCUUUUGGGGCUCAUGGAGUUCUCUCUAGCUCAAGAUCCAUUCCAGUGGCUUUCUUCUUUACACAGCCGAGGUUAUGCUUCUUUACAAGCCGACAACACUGGCGGAGAGUGUCCCGAAGAGUGUGACUGUCCUCCAACCUUCCCAAUCGCCAUGUACUGCGACAACCGCAACAUUCAAAAGAUGCCCUACAUCCCAUCCCGAAUGAAGUACGUGUACCUGCAGCACAAUCAGAUCACCUCUGUCCCAGACAAUGCUUUUGGAAAUGCCACCAAUCUUGUAUGGGUUAUGCUUCAUGAGAAUCACAUCAACUCAGUGGGCAAGCAAGCGUUUGCUAAAUUGUCGAAUUUGAAUCGCUUGUACUUGAACAACAACAACCUGACCGAGGUGCCAUCCAACCUCCCACGGUCAUUGCGUGACCUUCGUCUCAACCACAAUAAAAUUGGUAAGUUGGCUCCCAAUGCUUUUGAGGGCAUGGAGAAUUUGACCAUACUUUUGCUCCAUCAAAACGGCCUUCAGGAUAUUGGCGUUGGGCUGAAAGGUCUUAAGUCUUUGACUCUGCUGGAUGUUAGCAAAAACCAGCUCAAGAAGGUUCCUGAGGGUCUUCCUGAGAUGCUCCACCAGCUUUAUCUAGACUCCAACUCCAUUGACGCAGUUCCAGCCAACUUCCUUAAUCAGUUCAGCAACCUGCAGUAUGUGCGCUUUUCCCACAAUGAGCUCACCAACAAAGGGAUCCCCCAAAACACAUUCAACAACAGCGGUUUGGUGGAGCUGGAUCUGUCUUUCAACAAACUGGAAAGCAUUCCAGUUGUUAGUACCAGUCUGCAGCAUCUCUACCUACAGGCCAAUCUGAUCAAAGAGUUUACGCUGGGCAGUUUCUGCAGUGUGGUGGAUGUGAUGAACUUCUCCAGGCUGAGAGUCUUGAGGCUGGAGGGAAAUGAGAUCGGCGCUGGAGACAUGCCUUCUGAAGCCGCUCUGUGUCUCCGCCUGGCCUCAGACAUCGCCGUGUAAUGCCACUUCCCGGCCAGCAGGGGGUGCUUUUGUGAAUUCCUCCAGCAUUAUCAUCUCAAAGUGCCAUCACUUUUUGCAUUGGUGUACAUUUUUAUUGUAGGGAAAUGUAUAGUGCCUUUGGGAUUUUUUUUAAGAAGAAUCUAAUAUCCUGUGGACUUUAGAGGGAAGUACAAAUACAGAAAUGGGGGGAAAAGGAAAUUGAGAGAUUUAGAUAGGAAAUGGAGAUCUUCUUUAAAAAGGUAUGUGCAGCCAAUUUGUUUU